CACCCCCCUGGACUGCCCUCUAAAUCCGACACUCGAACGACAACCACAACUUCACAACCUCAACUUCCACUUGCACGUCCACCGCCUCUCCUUCCUUGGAUUUCUGUCCCUUCACCAUCACGGUCCCUUAGUAUCAAGAAGUUGCAGGAACAACGGACGACAAUUACAUCGCUCGCUGCAUCAUAUUGCCUUUUCAUCAGCGGCCUUUCGCAUUCAGCCCUCCGCCCAGGACGACCCGUCGACCAUUCACGGCACCAUCAUCACCACCAAAAGUCAACACCAAAACAAAGUAUUUACGGUAGCUAGUACUGUAGCCUUUUGACGGCAACGACGGACGAUUCCACCUUUUUUCGUUUUUGUUUACCAAUCCGCCACUGCGCUCCCUUUGGACACCACCUAUCCUUGGCUGGACCUUGACUCUCCAAGGAUCAAUCAAUCUCAAGAAGGCGACCCUUCGACGGCCGUCACUUUCUCCAUCCGCCGCCGCCGCCGCCGCCGCCCCACGCUUCGUUCUGGGCUUUUCCAUCAAUCACUGUGCUUCAGCGCGCUAGGUACAACAUCGUUCGUCGUAAUCGUCCCCCACCACGACGACCACGAACACCAGGCACCAACCCCAACUAGUAGUUCUACGACUCCGGGCAAAGUCAAUUCUUUCCCUCCAGGGACUUUCAAACCACCCAUCUCAGUAUAGCGGCCUGGACGGGUAACAGAGCAACCAUGGAGAACUAUCAGAAGCUGGAAAAGAUUGGCGAGGGAACGUAUGGUGUCGUCUACAAGGCCCGCGACUUGGCUAACAGCGGGCGCAUUGUCGCCCUCAAGAAGAUCCGCCUCGAAGCCGAAGAUGAGGGCGUCCCCUCUACCGCCAUCCGUGAGAUCUCGCUGCUCAAGGAGAUGCGCGACCCCAACAUUGUGCGUCUCCUCAACAUUGUCCACGCCGACGGCGGUCAAGGCCAUAAGCUGUAUCUUGUCUUCGAAUUCCUCGAUCUUGAUCUGAAGAAGUACAUGGAGGCCCUUCCUGUCAGCGACGGUGGUAGGGGCAAGGCCCUCCCCGAAGGAACGGGCGCCGGACUGCACAAUUUGGGACUGGGCGAGGAUAUCAUCAAGAAGUUCAUGAGCCAGCUUUGCGAGGGCGUCCGAUACUGCCACAGCCACCGUGUCCUACACCGCGAUCUCAAGCCCCAGAACCUGCUCAUCGACCGCGACGGCAACUUGAAGCUAGCAGAUUUCGGUCUCGCCCGCGCCUUUGGUGUUCCACUCCGUACUUAUACCCACGAGGUCGUCACAUUGUGGUACCGUGCGCCCGAAAUCCUGCUGGGUGGUCGUCAGUACUCGACCGGUGUCGAUAUGUGGUCCGUUGGUUGCAUCUUUGCCGAAAUGUGCACACGCAAGCCCUUGUUCCCUGGUGAUUCGGAAAUUGACGAGAUCUUCAAGAUCUUCCGUCUGCUUGGAACCCCUACUGAGGACAUCUGGCCCGGCGUCACCUCCUAUCCCGACUUCAAGGCAUCUUUCCCCAAGUGGGUACGCGACUACAACGUACCACUUUGCCAAAACCUCGACGAUGUCGGUCUUGAGCUACUUGAAUCCAUGCUUGUCUACGACCCUGCUGGCCGAAUCUCUGCCAAGGCAGCGUGCAAUCACCCUUACUUUGAAGACUACAACCCCAAGCCAAAGAGCAAAUACCGCGACAGCAGCAGAUACGCCUAGGGACGUUCGCCAAGGUCGAAGCAGGAGCGUUAGGCAAUAGCAGAUCGACUAUCCAAGUUUUGCAGCCGGCUGCUUAGGUUCGGUUGGAUCUCGGUGACUUCAAAGUGGGCAGUUCGUGGCAAGGGUACAGUCUUUGUGAUUCUACCAGUAGCGAGUGAGGUCGACACACCGAAACGGUGACAGAAACAAACUGUCAUUAUCACACCUGAAGCAUAUCAUAGCAUCCCACUUUGCUUUCAGGAUACUCGGAAACAUGAUAUUCGACACAUCAAAUUCCCCAUACCUACAUUUUGUUGUAUGUAGGGUUGUGUUUUUAGGGAACAGCGUUCAAAGGGGUCAUGGGUAAAGGAAGUACAUUGGAAUGGAGUUCUGUAUUACACGAUUCGGUGUUAUCUGGAAGAGCAAAUGGCAUUCAAGGGAUGGGGCUUUCUGUUAGCCCUGGUGCAUAUUAGGGAGUUGUGGUGUGAAGUGUACUGUACACAGGCAGGGAAAAGGCGCAAGACAUUGUUCCAAUAAAUCUCGCAUGUACAUACUUUCCCCUGUCCAAACACAGGUCCUUCGUUUGGAGAUGCGAAGUGAUGUCGGC